UGUGGAUGAGGAUCGAUACUUGUCACUUACGUUGGUAUCAUGAAUGGAUGAAGCAUCCUGAGCUGCAGCAUCUGACUGCCUCAGAGACACUGAACCUGGAACAGGAGUACGACAUGCGGGGGAGCUGGCAGGAAGAUGGUGACAAGUGCACAUUCAUCAUCUUGGAUAAGCAGCGAUGGGCAGAUCCCAGUAUAGAAGAGGAGCAGUGCACGGUGGGAGAUGUCAACAUGUUCCUGAUGGACCCAACAGACCUUUCCUCAGCUGAGCUGGAGAUCACAAUAGCAGAGCCCAGUUACAGAGGCAAGGGCAUCGGGAAGGAGGUGACACGAUGGAUGAUGUGCUACGGUGAGCAUUUGAUCCCAUCUUUCAGAAGGUUUCGAGCAGGAAGACAGAAGCUUAAAGUCACUGUGUAGAAGUUGAAAAUUUCCACACUUCUUGAAUUACUGCCCAUUUUUCUGCAAUUCAGUCUUGUGCUGUGUUCAUCUUUAGUUGGAGAAUCAACCUGUGGUGGAGGAGGAAAAAUAAUAAAUGCAAAAUCGGCAUGAGACUGCAGAGAGGAUGGAUGAGAUUGAGGCAGGUGUAUGGUUUGUUGUAAGACGACUUGCAGAAUAAACAACUUUUAAAUAGUAUUUUUUGUAUGUUUGUCAGGAAAAGUAAACUAACAUUCAGUACUAUCCUAUGUUGACUAAAAGUAAGGGUAUGGAUACAUCGUUAGAUAUAAACUACAUUUGACAAUGUGUGAUAAGCUGCAUUGCUAGACUU